UAAAGAGCACAUGAGAUAUUCAGAAAAAUGAGGCUUGAUUUUUCUGAGUUUCAGUGCUGUCUACGAAAAUCAAUAAUACCUGAAAUGAGAAGGGUGGGUUUUUUAGCAGGACCGGCAUAUAUGAUCUCCGCGCUUAGCGUGCUAAUUAUAAUUUGCUACGGUGACGGGUUAUCUACCGGUACUGGUAGCAGAGACUCUCUUUCCUUGGGCGCAUCGCUUAUUGGAAAUCAGACUAUAACCUCGAAGAACGGCAUGUUUGAAUUGGGAAUUUUCAGCCCAAAUGGAAGCAAUAACUGGUAUCUCGGUAUCUGGUAUGCCAACAUACCAGAAAAGAUGGUCGUUUGGGUGGCUAAUAGGGAGAAUCCGGGGAAACACAGGCCUGGCGUUCUGAAACUCUCAAAAGGAGGUACUCUGGGACUGUUUGAUGCAGGGGGCAUGUCUCUUUGGUCUGCCAACGUAUCGUACAAGCCCUCGCGGGCUGUGCUAUUAGAUUCUGGUAACUUUUUGAUGCUUAGCGAUGACAAUAAAUCUGAGACUGUUUGGCAGAGCUUUGACUAUCCUGUGGAUACUAUGUUGCCCGGCAUGUGGUUCGGUGGACAGGAAAAGCUAGUCUGUUGGAAAAACUCUAUGGAUCCCGCACCUGGGCUUUUGUCCUUCAUUUGGAUCCAUCUGGGGCUAAACAAUUCGUGCUAA